CCCUCGUGCCUCAGUUUAAAUCUGCGAUUCGCGAAAACCAAACACGUCUUUUCCUUCUAAGGGAGAAAGUCGGCGAAGAAACUAAGAAAAUUAAAAAAAUAAAAUUUCUACAGAUUUGUUCGUUCGAGUUCUCCUUCUAUCUGGCGGAUUUAGGUAACCUCGCGAUUCUCGCUCCUGACAGAUUCUCUGGUUUUAUUUCACCGACCUGGCGUGUUUCAAGGCUCAUCCCAGAGUUGAAGGAAAAAAGAAAUUCAGUUCUUGAUAUGGAUUCAGCAUCAGGGCUAACUACUGUGGUUGCAGUUACGGAUGAUGUUGUUCUACAAGUUAGUGCUGUAUUCAAUGUUAUUAAAGAGUUUGGGAGUAGAGGGCUUGAGCAGUCUGAUCCUCUAGUUAUCACUCAAGCAGCAGCUCUGAAUGAGCUACCUGUGGAGCCUUCCUCUACGGAUAUUGUCAUUUCCAUCUGCAAAUCACCUGAAUUUCCUAGUGAUCAAUUACUUGGAGGGAUUUCAAGAGUAUUGAAGCCUGGCGGGACAAUCAUUGUGUACAAUAAUUUGGUGGAUGAAGCUGGACUUAAUAAGGUACUCUCUGCUCUUCAGCGGAGGUUGUUAUUGGCUGGGUUUGUAGAAGCAUCAAACCUAUCUUCUGGGGUUAAGGCUACCAAACCAUCUUGGAAGGUUGGAACAUCUUUUGCUAUCAAGAAGCCAGCUAAAAGUACAUUCAAACUCCAGCUGGAUGAUGAUUCAGAUUUGAUAGAUGAAGAUAGUCUCUUAACUGAAGAGGAUUUGAAGAAGCCUCAGCUACCACCAGUUGGUGAUUGUGAACUAGGAAGCACGAGGAAAGCUUGCAAGAAUUGCACUUGCGGGAGAGCUGAGGAAGAAGAGAAAGUACUGAAGUUGGGACUGACUGUGGACCAGAUAAAUAAUCCUCAAUCAGCAUGUGGCAGUUGUGGACUCGGAGAUGCUUUCCGUUGCAGCACAUGCCCUUAUAAGGGUCUCGCACCAUUUAAAUUAGGAGAGAAGGUGACUUUAUCGGGGAACUUUCUCAUGGCUGAUAUUUAAGUGAGAAGUAUGUGGUGUCUUUGUUACGAUAUUACAUUCUUGGGUACAAUGAUACAACAUGACAGGCUCUCAUAUUGGAGAUGUCUUUGUGAAACAAAUAAUUUUUUCUAUUUUCUCUGUAGUUUGUUUGUUGUUAACUGCCCACUUUGUCUAGUUCUAAUAUCUGUGGUCCAGAAUAGGCAGGCAAUGUUCCAUCAAAGAAAUUAAAGAACUCUUUCAUGGAGACACAUUGCAUGACUAGUAAUUGCACACACACACAUAUAUAUAUAUAUUAUUUCCAGGACAAGCUUAAAUUCUAUCAUUACUUUUCAUACUAUA